CCUUACAUCCCCAUCCUCCCAUCCAAUCACCUCCCCCCCUAACCUCCUCCUUCCCUCCGCCAGAUCCCACCAGACACCCCCCCAGCCACCACCCUCAUUAUAUACCGGUGGAGAGGGAAGCCCCGAGUCCAGUGCAGAAUCAGACAGCAACGAGACGACAUGAGGAGACUGACGCUUCUGACAGUGGCCGCCCUAGUGUGUGCCGCCCUAGGGGAGGAGCGGGACCCUAGACUGUUCGAUGGAGGGUUCUUCCGUGACCUUGACAAUAUGCACGCGCAUGGGGUGCGGAGGAGGGACAGCCUGCAGGACACCAUGGACCAGAUCAGCUCCUCCCUCAACACGGCCAUUGACAGACUCUCAGACGCCAUCGAGGAGCAGGUGGAGGCGUCGCUACCUGUACGGCUGAGAAAUGCUGAGAGGGAAGCUCCUGAUGAUUUCGAAGGACUGGAAGCCAUCUCGAGUUCCUUUGGCGAGGGCAUUGAUGAUGGACUGAGGGUGCACUUCAACGGAGACGUGGAGGGGGAGAAACUCGACGGGCACCGCUUCGAAGAGCCCACGCAGACCCCUGAGGAAGUUGAGGAGGAGGAAGAAGAGGAGGAGGAGGAAGAGGUUGAGUUUACCGAGGAUGUUGACAACACGCCUUCCUUCUCCUACCGUCCCUUCUUCCCCUUCGACACCUUUAAUCCGUUCAGACACCCCUGGAGGCGCCCCGGAACUGGUCUCUUCGACUUCAUGAACCGACGACCUGCAUGGUGGAAGGGACCCAACGUGUGUGUAGACCGCGAGGAGAUCGAUGAAGGGAAGGAUUUGGACUCCAGCAUCAAGGAAGGCGAAGAGACCACCUCCUCAGGAUCCACCCUUGUCUUCACCGUGGGCAACAUGCAGGUCACCUCUUGCGCUGAGACCCGCGACAGAUACACAUGUACCAGCAGGAUCUCCCGCCGCGGCAUCCACAAGACGGUGGUGGUGACUCACAAGUGCUGCCACGGCUACAUCAGGGAGGGCGCAGGCUGCUCCAAGAUUGAGCUACGAUCGAUGCCAGAGACCCUAGAGGACAUCGGCUCCAAUGACUUCCUGACGCUGGUGAAGAGGGCAGGUAUGGUGGAGAUGCUCGACCAGAACAUCACUCUCUUUGCACCCACUGAUGAGGCCAUGCAGGAGUUUAUGGCUGACCUAGAAGCUGAGAAUGAGCUGGAGAAUGAACUGGAGGAAAGCCGAACCAGCAAUGAGGUUUACCCAGUCCUGCGAGCUCCCAUUGAGGAGAGGUCUAUGGUGAUGGCGCACGGCUCAGAGGGUGUCAUGUAUGCCAGCGAUCUGCGUGAUGAACAGGUGUUGCCCAGUCUGAUGGAAGGCUCCACACUGAGGAUCAACACAUACAACAGUGCCCCUGCUGCCACUGUCAACUGUGCCAGGAUGGUCUCUGUCAACCAGCACUCAAUGUUUGGUGUGGUGCAUUCCAUUGACAAGGUGCUGCAGCCCGUCACCAAGAGUCUGGCUGAGCUCCUCAUCUCCGACCCACGCUUCUCUAUCCUCUACCAGUUGGUUGAGAAUGCAGGUCUGCUUGACAAGCUGCGAGAACCUGGCCAGCUGACACUCUGCCCAACCAACGCUGCCUUCCAAACCCUGUCUGCUCCCGUGGUGGACGCCCUGCUGCACAACAAUGCCUGCGUGGACGCAAUUGUCAAGAACCACAUCCUCCCUAACGUCAUCUGCACGGCCGCCAUUCAGGGCAAGGCACGCACCAUUAACCUGCUGAAGGAGUUUCUGAUGCUGGAGAGAACUGAGGAAGACGCUCUCUUUGUGGAGGACGAUGUGGAAGUACUGAUGAGGGACGUCAUGGGCACCAAUGGAGUUCUGCAUGUUGUGGAUAAGCCACUCAUGCCCAGCGCUGCCAAGAAUCUGGUGGAUGUCCUCAAGAGCCACAACCUGACACGCUUCCUGGAAAUGCUGGAGACUGCUGAGAUGCUGAGUGAGAUGACGGGACUAAAGGAUGUGACUGUCUUCGCCCCGAGCAACAAAGCCAUCGAGACACUUCCUGAGGAUGUGCUGGAAGACCUCAUGAACAACAAGGAGAAGCUGAGGGAUCUCCUUAACUACCACAUCACUACCUCCUCUCUCCAAGCCUCAGACAUCACCAACAACCACAUCGCUGACACAAGGGCAGAGCUUCCCCUCAGGGUCAACCUUUACUCCAGGUCACCGCUGCUCGCUGGACUUAUGCGUGAGUCUAACAACCGCCACGUCCGCCUCACUGCCGCUUGCAGUCGCAUCUCCAUUCUGGACUCCAGGGCAUGUGGUGCUGUGGUGCAUGUGGUGGAGAGAGUCUUGGCACCACCCAAGGCCUCUGUCAUGGAGCAUCUUGAGAGUGAUGAGGACUUCUCCAUCUUCACCAAAAUGCUGCAUGACACAGGACUGAAUGAGACACUUGUGGAGGAAGGGCCCUUCACCGUGCUGGCGCCCUCUGACCACAUCUUCCAUGCCCUGCCUGAGGUUGAGCUGCAGGAAGUGCGGAACAAUGUAGAACUGCAGGACCGGCUGGUCAAGCAACACAUCAUCAAAGAACACGUGUGCUGUGCCGGCAUCAACCCCAACACAUGGCUCUUCAUGGACCACAAGAGGCCGCUGGAUGGUUCCCCGGUGCACCUCCGCCGCACCACCUCUGGCAGAAUCAUGGCCGGUCCUGCUCGCAUCACCCACUGCUCUCCACCCUCUAGGAAUGGUCUUGUCCACACUGUCAACCACCUGAUGCUCGAUGUGAACCCUAACAGGCGUGUAGACAGGAACCGCACUCCUAUCUUCUCUGCUCCAGGCCUUGAGAUUAUCUUUGGCUAGUAGAGAGGAGAGGAGAGGAGAGGAUGAGUGUUUUCCUCUCAAGCCGUAUCUGUUUUCAUUAUAUUACUACUGUUUUUUUUAAUAGUUAUAUUUAUGAUGUUUUGUGAAGUUAGAGAAGAAAUAUUGUGUGCUAUUUUUUUUGUUGCCCAUAUAUGUAGUACAAUAUGCAUUCAGAUUAUAUUGAUGUCAUGUUCUGUUGUACACUUUUAAUGUUUUUUGUUUGGCCCAUGACACUUGCUUGUGGUGACAUCAGGAAUUUAGUUCAGGCGACAACAGGAAUAACAGGAACUUGUGAGCAUCUACAGUUCCAGAAGUAAGUUUUUUUUUGCUGGAUAUUCAUGUAAGUAGCUACAUAACAGCAGUGCAUGUUUUCAAAUAUACUACAAACCUCACAAUAAAAGAAGACACACAAUGUAACACACUUCCAUCCAGAGAUUCCAAAUAAGCAUACAUAUACGUAUUUACAUUUUUACUAUUUUAAUACACAGACGAGGCAUUUUGGCUGAAAAUAAAUACAAACAGCUUGUCAUUAACCACUGUACUGCUGGUGAUAGUGUUAGCAGUGUGCACUUGCCAUGUACCACUAAACACACACACACAUGUAGGUGAAUUUAGAGCAUGAGUCUGCAUUGUCCUGAUGUGGAGUAGUAUUUAUUGGAGUGUGUAGUGUUCUGCAGCAUUGAGAGUGCAAUGGCUACAACACUGCACACAGGUCAGCAAUGCAGGCAGACAGGUUAUCACUUUUGUAGCUUGUGUUUGUUAUCGUUUUAUCGUGAGUGUUGCUAUCUUUGUGUUACUAAUGUCGUAGCAGACCUGUGAUGUGUAGAAUGUGGGCCUUGUGAAUUAUACAGUAAUAAAUGCCACAAAAAUCA